GCAGGCCGGAGCCGCUGCCAUCGCCAUGACCCGUGGUAACCAGCAGGAGCUCACUUGCCAGAAGAAUAUGAAAAAGCAGAGCGACUUGGUUAAGGGAAAGCGCCAAGCUGACGGGCUUUCUGCUGCCGCCACAAGCAAAGGGACUCAGAGAUCAUGUAGCAGAAACAGAAAAAGGCAAACGAGAAGAAGGGGGAAUCCAAGUAGCUUUGUGGCUUCAUGUCCAACCCCCUUGCCCUUCGCCUGUGUGCCUGGAGCCAGUCCCACCACGCUCGCGUUUUCUCCCGUAGUGCUCACAGGUCCCAGCACCGAUGGCAUUUCCUUUGCCCUGAGUCUGCAGCGAGUCCCUUUUGUGCUUCCUUCCCCUCAGGUAGCCUCUCUCCCCCUGGGCCACUCCUGGGGGUGAGGGGGUUACCCCUUCCCAGUGUUUUUUAUUCCUGUGGGGCUCACCCCAAAGUAUUAAAAGUAGCUUUGUAA